ACAGACUGACGCCGUACCUCGCUUCACUAUCAUUCCUUGCUCUUGAUUCCCUCUGUCUUCCCUUUCCAAUACAACAGAAGGCUAUCAUGCCCGAUCGCCAUGCCGGUAAUGUAGGACCCUCCGGAAGAGUCAGCGGUAGCUUUCCUCCGGCCUUUCCGAUCGGGCCAAAUAGUCUCACCAAUCCUCUCGUGAGCAUCAAGUACGUGAAGGCACACUUAAGCCUGUUGGGUGCGUUCAAGACACUCGGCAAACGCGUGGAGACCUGUCCUCUUGAGGAUCUCCCGGUGCUCGCGAGGUGUCUUGAUUACACCCCACAGACACCACGCAGGUGGGCGUGGUUCGUGUGUUUGGCAGUGGAAAGGUUCCGCCGAUGGACGAAACAUGUAACUGCCAAUCAAGACGUCGAUUCCUGGGUCAAAGCGGAAGCGCCACCCCUCGACGUGCUCAUGGUAUGGCAUGCCUACAUGCUGAACCCCACAUGGUACGCGGAAGACUGCCUGCGCAUCCCUCGGCUACAUAGUCUUCAACUCUUGGAUGACAGACUAUUGCCUGCAGUGAUCGCGAUGGGUGACCCCGCCCAGUACCAACCAUCGGAAGAGCGCAAGCGCGCAUGGGUCGCAAACACAGGCACAUUGUUUGACCCGAUAGAGGCUCUCAAACACCUCUCGCAUCACGACGUCAUCUGUCCCAGAUGUCAUAAACGCAACACUGCACCGUUCUUAACGGCAGAGGGUGAUGGUUAUGCCCAGCAAGGCUUCACACUCCCGUGUUCGCAAUGUUCACUGCCGAUUGACAAGUCGGAUCUAGCAUUGGACAAGCUCGCGCGAGAUCUGGUCAAGGACCACAACAGCCCUGAUACAAAGCUGGACACUUACUUCCCGGGCACGUUGCGCGGCCCGACAGAUAUGGCUUCUACUGAACACGCGAAACAGAUCAAGGACCGGGUCGUACAGUUCAAGUACUUUGUUCGGCCAAAAGGGUCUACUACAGAAAAAGAAUGGGUACGCCAGAUCAAUGAAGACUUUGGCUACUCCAUCGAAGACGUCCACCAAACGCUGCGGUCGUGGUCGAGCAAAAUCGGUUUGCUCACGCGCAUACUCAAUAGGAUCCUGAGUGCGUACACGGAUGAUAGUCCUUUUUCGAUAGACCUCGUUGGCGCUGUCAUUCGACAAGGGUCCUUCACUGACAAGAUGCACGUCUUCGGAUGGACCUCCCCGGGGUAUUUCGACAAGCCGAUUGACGAGGUCGUUCUCGUUCAUGCGAUCACACGCUAUCACGCGUUCCUCGACAUGAUGACUUCGUCGCCAGCCUCGUUCUUCGUGCCAACCCUGGACAUUGAUCUGAUCUGGCACACACACCAGCUGAUGGCAGGCAAGUAUGCGGACGACUGUAUGAAAUAUGUCGGGCGGUACAUAGACCAUGACGAUAAAGUCGAAGAAACCGUCUCGCAAACGCAUUUGAUAUCACCUGCAGGGCCUGGCAGCAACGAUUCGGCGUCCCAUACAGCUAUUGUGGCUGCCCGCUCCCUGGAGACACCAUCGGCGCGAAGCUCAGUCGGCUUCUGGCUCACGGUCGGAGCAGCCGUCACCUGCGUCCUCCGACACACCCGACGUCCCGUCGCCACGCACGCAAGCGAGCACAACGCCGUCCAGGUCCACCUGAACGCCGCGCUCAACAAGAAGACGGCGGCGGCGCUCGAGCGCCAGAGGAAGAGACGCGAGCGGAAAAUGCGCUCCCGGCGCCAGCGCGAUGCGCGUUUCGUGCGGAGCGGCGAGCUGGACCCGGAGCAGUACAGGCGUGGCCAGGCGCACUACGCUGCGUUCCUGAUGCCGGUGCCGUUCAACUCGCAGCCUAUCGCGUCGUGCGUUUCAGUCAAUCAAAGCCAAUGCGCUGCUGUGAGUCCUGACGUGCUCCACGGUGAAGGAGUUUGCUCACAACAAAAUUUGAUGUACAUGCACAGAGCACCGGAAAUUGUGCUGCCGGAGCGUGCACCAGUGGAGGGGGCGGCGGUGGAGGAGGUUGUGGUGGAGGAGGCUGCGGUGGAGGAGGCUGCGGUGGUGGCGGGGGAGGGAGCUCGGGCUGUGGCGGUGGAGGAGGAAGCUCGGGCUGCGGUGGUGGAGGUGGAGGAAGCUCAGGCUGUGGCGGCGGUCUUGAGCUCUGAGUCUGGUACGACAUGACAGACUUGGCGCCACUCCACUUACUCAGAGGCCUACGAUCGACGGUUGUGUACAUUCAUAUCAUAUCUGGCAUACUUUCACCCUCGCGAACCGCGAUAGGUCUCCAGUGUCCAGAUGCCGUAUAUCCCUGCUACUUCGAUGAAGGGCAAUCAUCUGUCGGAAAAACAAUAAACAUACCUCUUUUCUCAGCCC